AUGGAGUUUAUAGAUGACGAUAUAAUGGACGUCACCCCUCUGUGCAUGAUACCGGGGAACACCACAGGUACCUCCUCCAACGCUGGAGAUAAGCAAGGUAGUACCUCUGGUGACUCCUCUCUUCCUAAAGACAUGCAUUACACUGAUCGCGCUAUAAGGAGACUGGUUACUAGAAUACUGAGUGAAGGACAUAAAGUUGAAGGGGUCUCUACCCCUCUGUCCAGAAGGGAACCUUCUCCUGAGAGAAAACCUCAUGCUGAUAAAGAUGAUGAUUCAUCUAGAUCAGAAAAAGAGGUGGCUGCUGAAGGGCUUUGCUCUCUAGGAAAAACCCUACCUAGAAAGAAACAAAAUGUGCCUCAAGAAAAUAUUAUUGACCUGGAGGAAGAAAUGACUGAAGGAGAAGAUGAUCCUUUGGUCCAUCUGGUUAAACCUAGCGUUGCUGAAAAACUGAGAAGUAAGAAAGGAAAAAGUAUGGCUAAAAUGAGAGCUGCUAGAGUGAAGAAAACUGCAGGAGUAGGACCCUCAAAACCCUGGAGCAAGGUUGAGGUUGGAAAAAGAAAAGAGAGACACAACUCUGAUUCUGAAGAGAAUAGACGAGUAGCCAUUGAAAGAGAACUGGGUCAAGAAGCUAUAGAGGUAAAAGAGGUUAUUGAGUUGAUCAAAAAUGCUGGACUCAUGAAGACUGUGGCAACUCUACCCCAAUGCUAUGAGGGGCUGGUUAAAGAGUUUAUUGUUAAUAUCCCUGAGGAUAUUCAUGAUAAGAACAACAGGGAGUUUUGA